CUUUGCGCUGUUCUCUCAGCAGUUGUGGUUGGCCGUGCCCUCUUUGCCUGGAGGUCGUUCGCGAAGGAGAAGUGAGAGCGCCGUCUGGUCCCGUCAUGUUCGCCCGCUUCACCCGCCCUGCCUCUGCUGCACUUCGCAGGGGGCUCGCUACCUCCUCGCAGAACAAUGCUAAGGUGGCCGUGCUUGGCGCCUCUGGUGGUAUUGGGCAGCCCCUUUCCCUGUUGCUGAAGAACAGCCCCUUGGUCAGCCACCUCAACCUCUAUGAUAUUGCCCACACCCCUGGCGUAGCAGCAGACCUCAGUCACAUCGAAACAAGAGCGGAAGUCAAAGGUUUCCUGGGACCCGAACAGUUGCCAGAAUCUCUGAAAGACUGUGAAGUUGUUGUGAUUCCAGCUGGAGUGCCUAGAAAACCAGGCAUGACCCGUGAUGACCUUUUCAAUACAAAUGCCACUAUUGUAGCUAAUUUGACAGCAGCCUGUGCCAAGCACUGCCCUGAAGCUAUGAUCUGUGUUAUUGCAAAUCCGGUCAACUCCACCAUCCCAAUUACUUCAGAGGUUUUUAAGAAGCACGGAGUGUACAAUCCCAACAGAAUUUUUGGUGUUACAACGCUGGACAUUGUCCGAGCAAAUACCUUUGUGGCUGAGCUGAAGGGUUUGGAUCCGGCUCGUGUAAAUGUCCCAGUGAUCGGCGGUCAUGCGGGCAAGACCAUCAUCCCGCUCAUCUCUCAGUGCACCCCCAAAGUGGAAAUCUCUCAGGACCAGCUGGUGGCACUCACAGGGCGGAUUCAGGAGGCAGGGACGGAAGUUGUCAAAGCAAAAGCUGGCGCAGGUUCUGCCACACUGUCUAUGGCGUAUGCCGGCGCCCGGUUCGUCUUCUCCGUCCUGGAUGCCAUGAACGGGAAGGAGGGGGUUAUUGAAUGUUCUUUUGUCCGAUCGGAGGAAACGGAGUGCACGUACUUCUCCACGCCGCUGCUACUAGGGAAAAAUGGCAUCGAGAAGAACUUGGGUAUUGGCAAGUUGUCUCCUUUUGAAGAGAAGAUGGUGUCCGAGGCAAUCCCAGAGCUCAAAGGCUCCAUCAAGAAAGGAGAGGAGUUUGCCAAAAGCAUGAAAUGAAAAUCACAAAGAAGAGUACCGCGGUCCCCUUAAUUUAUUUAAGGUGCAUCAUGUCACUUUAAAAGGCUUCAGGAGACAAAGCCCUUGGCUUUCUCCAAAGGCCCCUCUGUAUUAAGUGUAUUACUCUCCCUCUGAUCUGUGAGUUCAAAUUCUGUUCUACAAUAAAGCAGCCUGUUAUUUUUUCAGGGUA